GAGGGCGGAGAUCCGGACGGCCGUGGGCAGAGCGUGGUUUUUCUCCAGUGUGGGGUUUGCUUCUGAGAAUUUUCUACCUGUGGAUGUUACUGCUGACAUGGAGAGGAUUGAGGAGCAGUUUGCUAAUCUUCAUAUUGUUAGACGUUCCUCAGAACCAAAAGAGCCCACCUACCUGCUUGGCAUAGACACAUCGAAGACCGUCCAAGCAGAUAAAGGGAGCUUGGUUGCUGUUCUGUGUUCAAAUGCAUCUGUAAGAAUAUAUGAUAAAGAGACACUAAAUGUUCUACGAGAAUUUAAUGGCUCUCCCGGACUUCUUAAUGGAGUCAGAUUUGCGAAUUGCUGUGACAAUGUCUAUUCUGCAAGUACGGAUGGCACUGUCAAAUGUUGGGAUGCUCGGUUAGCUAGUGAAAAGCCCGUGCAGUUGUUCAAAGGUUACCCUUCCAAUAUUUUUAUUAGUUUUGAUGUCAACUGCAAAGAUCAUGUUCUUUGUGCUGGUACAGAAAAAGUGGAUGAUGACGCAUUGCUGUUAUUCUGGGAUGCCAGGACCGCGUCUCAGGAUUCAUCUACUAGAGAGCCACUCGGGGCCUACUCAGAGACACACAGUGAUGACAUCACCCAAGUACGUUUCCAUCCCAGCAAUCCCAACAUGGUUGUCUCUGGUUCAACCGAUGGCCUGGUAAAUGUGUUUGAUAUCAGUGUGGAUAACGAAGAAGAUGCGCUGGUUGCGACCUGUAACUCCGUUUCCUCGGUGAGCUGCAUUGGUUGGUCUGGAAGGGAUUAUAAACAAAUUUACUGCAUGACACACGAUGAGGGAUUUUGCUGGUGGGAUCUUAAUCAUUUGGAGACCGAUGAACCAAUUACAUGUUUGAACAUCCAGGAUGUGAGAGAAAUAAGUGAUGGAAAAGAAGGUCCUCUGGACUAUCUGAUCGGCGGCCUAUAUCAUGAGAAGAUGGACAGAUUGUUUGUUAUUGGAGGAACCAACACGGGAAGGAUUCACGUAAUGAGCUGCACCUCGUCGGGACUGACCCACGUGACUAGCCUUCAGGGGGGCCAUGCAGCCACUGUUCGUUCUUUCUGUUGGAGCGUGCCCGAGGACUCUUUGCUGACCGGGGGAGAAGAUGCACAGUUGUUGCUUUGGAAACCCGUAGCUGUGGAGAAGACCUUCCCAAAGAAAGACAGCUUGAAGAUAGCCUCCUCCGUGCAGCAGCGAGUUCGCGUCCACAGCAACGGUUCUUACAAGAGGAGGAAGCAGUAGUGAUGUCGUGAUGGGAAUUUGCAGGCGCUUCUGGUUUCAGAUCAUUUUGUUCCCUAUAGCAAAUAUUUUUAAGGCUUACCUGUAAAAGCAGCAAUUAGCAAAGCCCCAGACAAAUAUUGAGAAUGAUUUAAUUUGUGUCCAGACAUAUCCUAUAAUAUUUUUAAAGCCUCCAGUUGAGCAUAAAAAUCAGUGACGUGACAGGGAAAUUACAGGUCACGUUUUGAAACCCACCUGUUGAGUUAGUGAAUGUCGGGUUUGGAGAAAUCGCCCUGAAAAGGACUCUUAGAUAGAUAGAUAGCUGGGGAGACCAUGGCACAGCUGGUUUGGGCUAUGCUUUUUUAAGAUCAAAGAUUUUGCAUUUGAAAUUAUCUUCACUGUCCACACGACAUCAGACUGUUGGGUAGUGUGAGGAGUUUGUGCUUGCUCACUGCACCUACCCCAUCACCUCUGAGCACUGACUCAGCAUCCUAGUGAGUUCUAAACAGAAUUUUAUUUUUUUUUUUAGGGAUGAAGUAUACAUUUUUUUUAAAUGAGAAAAAUAUAUUGCAUCUGUACUUUAAAAACUCUUGUUUAUACUUGGGUAACUGACACCCAGGUGCUUUGCUGUUGAAAAAGAAAUUAUCUUACUGGGGCUGGAGAGAUGGCUCAGGGGUU